AUGGCCACCGCUAUCAAAUUUUUUCAGUUGAACACUGGUGCGAAAAUUCCUUCCGUUGGAUUAGGAACUUGGCAAGCUGAACCUGGUGUUGUAGCUAAAGCUAUCACCACUGCUAUUCAGGUUGGAUAUAGGCAUAUUGAUUGUGCUGAAGCUUAUAAGAAUCAAGCUGAGAUUGGUGCUGCACUGAAAAAGCUCUUUGAGGAUGGUGUUGUUAAGCGUGAGGAGUUAUGGAUCACUUCAAAACUAUGGUGUUCAGAUCAUCAUCCAGAAGAUGUUCCAAAAGCAUUGGAAAAAACUUUAAAAGAUUUGCAACUUGAUUACCUUGACCUCUAUCUGAUCCACUGGCCAGUGAGCAUGAAAAGGGGAACAGGUGAAUUUAAGCCUGAAAAUCUCGACCAUCCUGACAUACCAAGCACGUGGAAAGCAAUGGAGGCGCUGUAUGACUCAGGCAAGGCUAAAGCUAUUGGAGUCAGCAACUUCUCUACAAAGAAACUUCAAGCUCUAUUGGACAUAGCAAGAGUGCCUCCUGCUGCUAAUCAAGUGGAAUUACACCCUGGAUGGCAGCAGUCAAAGUUGCAUGCCUUUUGCGCCUCAAAAGGAAUUCAUGUAUCUGGUUAUUCUCCUCUAGGCUCACCAGGAGUACUCAAAAGUGACAUUCUGCAGAAUCCAGUUGUCAAAGAAGUUGCAGAGAAAUUAGGGAAGACACCAGGACAAGUUGCCCUUCGAUGGGGACUACAAGUGGGACACACUGUGCUACCUAAGAGCACUAAUGAGGCUAGAAUCAAGGAAAAUUUGGAUGUGAUCGAUUGGUCUAUUCCCGACGACCUCAUAUCCAAGUUCUCUGAAAUUAAGCAGGAUAAGCUAAUUAAGGGUACCUUUUUUGUUAACGAGACCUAUGGUGCCUAUAAGACUGUUGAAGAACUCUGGGACGGUGAAGUAUGA